CAAAUAACAAUAUAGGAUUUAUUCAGUUUACUAUAUAAAGUUCAAUAAUGAUUAUCAAUGAUCAAUAAAUAUCAACCAGUUUAGAUGUUUCUUUUUUAAAAAAAAUUCAUUUCCUUAACGUUAAUUUCAUCUUUUAAUAUUUAUCAUAAUAUUUCAUAAUGUCUUUGGACAGUGUUAGAAAUCACAUCCUUUCAAACUCUAGUGAGGGACGUGUCGAAGUCAAUCAAAGAGAUUUAAUUUAUAAAAUUUUAGCUAGAUACUCUUGUAAAUUUGUAAUAUUUCGAGAGUUAAUGCAAAAUUCUGAUGAUGCGGAAUCUUCAAGCGUUAAAAUUUUAUUUGAAACAGAUGGUAAUAAAAUCACAAAAAUAAUAUUCAAAAAUAAUGGAUUCAUUUUUAGAGCUGAAGAUUGGAAUCGAUUAGUGAAAAUUGCCGAAGGAAAUCCUGAUGAGCAAAAGAUAGGCGCUUUUGGCGUAGGAUUUUAUUCAGUAUUUUCUGUUACUGAAACUCCAUUUGUUUCUUCCGGCGGACAAGGAAUGGCUUUCUAUUGGCGCGGAAAUCAGUUGUAUACGAAACAAGGACCAACUGAUGAUGAUGAUAAAGAUUGGACAACAUUUUUUAUGGACACUAGAGAACCUUUAGAUAUACCAAAUAUUGAGGAAUUCACUCGGUUCUUGGUUAAUUCAUUGGGAUCUACAGAAAAUCUUCAAGACGUUUCAUUGUAUAUUGACGAUACAUUAAUAGCACAACUAUCAAAGAAAGUGCACAAGCCUAAACUUAUAGAUAUUGCAUCUGGUUUUAACACAUUUUCUCCAAAAAAAAUGUUUCAUCUUACAUCAGUAGAUUUUAGAAGAGUUAAACUAGACGUUAUGAGAUUACUUAUACCAACGAAAAUUAAUAUAAAACAAUUGCGUUCAAAUAUGUAUCAAAAGGAAGUAUCGACUAUUGUAUUUAGAAUUGCAAAUGGUCAUUUGGAUGUUAAUGUUAACGAUGAAUUUUCUACAAAAAUGGAACGCGUUACUAAGAAAAAAUCACCAAAUAAAACUUCCAUCCAAAUGAUUUUUACUGAAUUUAACGAGCUUGAUUCACCUAUAGAUUAUAUCAAAAAUCUUUCUCCUAUAUAUAAAGAUUUAAUUUCAUAUCCUGAACAAGGAAAAGUAUAUAUUGGUUUCCCAACUAAUCAAACAACCGGUUCUUGUUCUCAUUUGGCAGCUCGUGUAAUUCCUACUAUGGAACGAGAGUUGAUUGAUUUUGCUGAACCAACAUUAGCAGAAUAUAACAAUGAAAUGUUAUGUCUAGCAGGGACAUUGAGCAGAAUUUUAUACGAAAAUGAAAUGGUUCAAAUGUUGCAUCAAUAUAAUGGGAAUAUCAGUUUAGAUGUUGAAGAUAAUGAAGAAACGAACCGCCCUAAAAAGCGUGCAUCCAAGAAAAAGUCGUUAUAUAAAUGGCUUGUAAAACGUUUUAAAUCCAGUAAUCGCACGCCAAUCGUGCAAUCAGCACCUCCCUACCGUGAAUGGCUGGAAAAAUGGGCAGUAUACGCUAUAUCACAUUUUACAUACAAUACAAGUACUCCGAAUACGCAAGUUAGCACAAUAGCAGAAACCCAAUUUUCAAAUUGCUUGAAGCAGAACAUGCUUAUUUUAUCAACAAACGGUAUCCUUCCAAUAUCUGAUGUUCGCUUACCUAAUCCGGAAAUGGUAGAAUUCAUAAAGACAGUCCCACUCGUUCCAGAAAAUUUGUUGGAACAAUGUAACACAUUUUUUGCUAAAGCUAAAGAUACAAAACUAAUAGAAGAGUUAGGCUUUAAAGAUAUUCUAGUUGAACUUAAAAGUCGAGCAUUUUCUGAAAAUGAAAUAAUUAAACUUUUGAAAUGGUGGAUUUCUUAUCUAUCAAAAGGAAAUACCUUUGACACACAGCUUUUGAAGUUUGCACGAAUUGGUGAUAGUUCUCAAACUCUCAGUGCGAUUAAAUUUUAUUUGAAUCCAGACAAAAUUCCCUUAGAUAUAAGUAUCCCAUUUAAAGUUUUACCAUAUAAUAUUUCCAGAAAUUUCACUGAUCAUGAGCUUAAGAACAGCUUGAAAUGGACCGAAUUAUCAUUGGUUGAUUGGGCAAAGUUUAUUGUUAACCAUCCUGAAUUAGAAUCAGAUCCCGAAUUUGCUGAAAAAGUUCACCAUGUUUUGGCAAAAAAUUUGGCUAGUAUUUCACCACAAGAUAAAGAAACUAUUCGACAAUUAUUUGUUAAAAAGAGAUGCAUACCAACUAAAUUUGGAAUGAAAGCUCCUAAAAAAACUUAUUUCCAUGGGGUUGAUAUAUUUCCUAGCUUGCCAACGAUAAAGUUUCAAAACUUCACAUCGAGUAUUCAACUUUUGAUGGAACACUUUGGAGUUCAUAAGGUUAUAAAAUUAAAACUCAUUCUUGAACGACUCGUUAGUCAAGAAGAUUGUGAUUAUAUUCAAGUCUUACAAUAUCUUGCUUCAGUAUCUGAUGAUCUCAAGGAGAGCGAUAUGAAUAAAUUGAAGAAUAAUCCCAUCUGGCCUAGAGAAAAUUUAUUAGGUACACAGUCAAAUGGAAAAAUUCAACGUUUUGUCGCCAAUGACUUACAUAUACCUUCAAGAUUAUACCGUGAGCUUGGUUUACCUAUAAUUGAUUGGAAAGUAGGAUGGUCUAAUAAAUCAAUCGAAGGAAAAUUUUUAAUCAGUUUGGGUUUGCAAGAAUAUCCCAAACUCGAUACAAUUCUCAGACUGGCAGCGCCUCCAACUAAUCCUGAAAUUCGGGAAUUGGCUCUCCAAUAUUUUAUUGAUAAAUUUGAUAAAUAUUCUGAAGUAUUUUACGUACCGGAAAAUAUCGAUAUUGCAUUUUUGCCUUGCUCAAAUUCCAACACUUACGCAACGCCUUCGGAGUGCUUUACUAAUGAUAAGUGCAUGAUAAUGGAUUUCCAAAUUAUACGUAAAGAUUUAAUUCCUGAAGCGAAAAAACUUGGUGUUCGUCAACAACCUAAUCGUGAAGAAUUCAUAAAGAUGUUAACUGAGAAUCCACCAAAAACUGAAAGUAAGGCAAAAGAAGUUUUUGAAUAUUUGAAUGCAAAAAAAGAACUUUUUACUGAUGCCGAUUGGAAGACUCUCAAUAAUUCCAACAUUAUUCCAAUUCGAGUUGAAAGUCAACAUGACGUAAUUACUGACGAGCUUUUAAAACCACGUGACUGUUUCCUUAAACUUAAAGAAGAAAGCUUGAAUAAUUUCUUUCCAUAUGUUGAUUUUGGAACAAAGGCCAAUGAAUUUUUGGCCAAAUGUGGUGCUAAAGAACCAUCCUCAGCUGAUUUUGCCGAAAUAUCAAUUGAUUCAUCACAUGAAUUGUGGAAUUUAUAUUUAGACAAUUAUUUGGAAAUUUUAAGAAGAAUUGAUCCCGACCUUGGAACAAUUCUCAACCUGAUAACAAAUCCAAUUUAUCCUGAAAUUCGAGAAAUGUCCCUCAAGUACUUUGCUAAUUGCUUUCAUAGUAAAUAUUCACAACAUUAUAAACCAGAAGAAAUCGAUAUUGCAUUUUUACCUUGCUCAAAUUCUGAUUAUUAUGCAAGGUAUUGGGAAUGCUUUAUUAAUGAAGAAUGCGAGAUAUUGGGAUUCAAAAUUAUACGUGAAGAUUUACGUUCCAAAGCAAAAGAUUUUGGUGUUCGUCAAAAUCCUUAUCAUACAAAUCUUUUAAAGAGGUUAACUGAGAAUCCACCAAAAGAUGAAAAUAAAGCAAAAAAAAUUUUUGAAUAUUUAUAUACACAAAAAGGAAGUUUCACUGAUUCUGAUUGGAAGAAGCUUGAAGAUUUCGAAUUUAUUCCAAUUCAAUAUGAAAUUCGUCCUGAUGAAUUUAUUAACAAACUUAUCAGGCCACGUGACUGUUUCUUUGAACUAAAGGAUUGCUUAAAUAAUUUCUUUGUCAGUAUUGAUUUUGGAAAAAAAGCUAAUGAUUUUUUAGCCAAGUGUGGUGUUAAAAAUGAGCCAUCCUCACAAGAUUUUGUUAAUUUGUUAGUUAAUUUUUCACAUGAAUUGUGGCAUUUAUAUAAGGAUGAUGUAAAAGAAUACCUGAACAUUUUGAAAAAAAUUAACGAUGAUCUUGAUGAAAUAACCCCAGGAAAAAUGAAUGAACUCGAUGUUUUAAUUGCUAAUAAACUUGGUCUUAAUAGCGAAGAGAAGAAUAAUUAUUAUCUGGCAUCAGCGAAAGAAAUUUACGUAAAUGAUAAUAAAAUAUAUCAGCAAGCUUUUGAUCCAUUAUUAGCUCCUAAAAAAUUGGAACCUUUAUAUAUGAAAUUGGGAAGUAAAUCGUUGCAUAAUUCUGUACUAAAAUCCGUGAUUCCAACUGGUCCAAUUCAAAAAACUCGGUAUUCUCAACAAUUACAAAAAAUAAUUAAUGAACGAGCGAGCUUGUUCUAUCUUAACCACCCGAAAGAAGUAUUUAAGUACAAUGAAAAAUGGCUUAAAAAACUAAAAGUUAGAGAGAUCGAAUAUAUGGAAACAAGUUAUAAGUUAGGAUCCAUUACUAUAAAUGAAAAAAAUAAUAUUACCACCAAUAUUUUUCAAGAAAGCAAGAAUUCAUGUAUUCUUUAUGUUACUCCUAACUCUAAUUUAAUCGAUGUUUCACAACAAAUAGCAAAUCAUAUCUUGACAUCAUUUAAUUCGAAGGAUAUUUCUUAUUUCAACACGGUUUUAUCCGCACCUUUAUCAAGUUUAACGAAUAUAGGAAUAUUCGAACCUAAAUUGCCUAAGUUUUCUUUCCUGAACAAUGAUGAGCAAUCUCAAGAUUAUGAUAAUGAAGAUAUUAAUUUGAUCAAAUCUCUUAAAAAUAAGGAACCAAUUACCAUAACUUCUGAAAAUACACAAGAUUUAAGAAACUUUUUACAAGAUUCCAUAAAAUCUUGUUAUUCUAAUUCAGGAAAUAUUAAAAGUUCUAAUACAAAACAUAACACAAAAACUUGUAUAAGCGAAAGCCAAGUGAAUUAUUGUGACGUAAUGCCUGGUUAUUCAAUACACUGUGUUGGAAACUUACAAAAGAUUGAACUCUACGUUCCUAAUGAGGUUGAUCAUUCAGAAAUCUUAUCUCAAUCACGUACUGCUCCAUUGAGCCAGUUCAUAAAUAUGAUAAAAGAUCUUGCAGAUAUUUUUGAAAUUACAUCAAAAGUCAUUCGUAUAUUUUAUGAUGAUAGUGUAAACUCAAUUGCAUUUAAUCGUGAUGGAGCGUUAUUUUUUAAUUUAAAAUUUUACCUUGAAUUACACGAACAAGAAUGCAAAACUAAACCAACAAUUGAUGCUAUGACUUAUUGGUUCAUGAUAUUUUGUCAUAUAUUGGCACAUAAUUUUGUUCAACUCCAUAAUUCAGAAUUUGAAUAUUAUUCUUCAUCACUCGCAAAAACAUAUAUGCCAAUUUUCUUGGAAUUAAUGAAUAAACGUGAAAUCUCAGUUAAAACUUUUAGCACUAAAACUUUUUGGAAAAGUUUUAAUCGAUUUUUAACUCGAAAUUAAAAUAUAAAAUCUUGAAUAGAUAAAUAUAUUAUACCAAU